UCACAAACUGCUGGAACCAAAUACCUUGUGUGUGUCAACACACUUGGCCAAUAAAUCUGAAUCUGAGUCUGAUUCUGAAUCUAUAGGUUAAUUUCAGCUGCUACUGCUGUUGGUUAAGUUAAGUUAAGGUGGUGGAUUUAAGGUCUCCAGACUGCUAUGAACAGGAUGAUGACGAGUCCCAGCCGCAUUCUGGACCAUCCCACUAGGCCGGACGCACUAGUGAUCGCCACACCAGAAACCACCGCUGUUGGUAGCGUCCUUGAUGCGCUGGAUGCCAGGAUUAAGGAACGUGGUACUCAGGGGCUAAACGAGUUAAUUUUUGUGAUUGGAAAAUAUGGAUCUGACGAUGAAGUUAAAGCUCUGUUCCAGGCCACAUCAGAGGAUAAAAAUCUCCUCCGACCUGAAGCAGGUGCAGCCGGAAAUGACCAAACUCUACCAAACAGUGGAUUGACAAAUGAGCCAAACUGCAGCGUGUUAGAUGACAGCCUGACAAACUUCCAGUGGUUGCGGAAAAUGAACAUGCAAGUCUCAGGUGCUGAGGCAGGAAAGAAAGACUCUGACAAAGAGAAAUUCGAUGGCUGCGUACAGCUCCAGGAGCCACAACACACAGAGAAAGAACCGAGUGCCGUUAAGGGCCCUCUGUCAGAAAGACCACCGUACUCCUACAUGGCUAUGAUCCAGUUUGCAAUCAACAGCAAUGAAAAUAAGAUGAUGAGACUGAAGGAGAUCUAUAACUGGAUAGAAGACCAUUUCCCUUACUUCAGAAAUGUAGCUAAACCUGGCUGGAAGAACUCCAUUCGCAAUAACCUUUCCUUGCACGACAUGUUCAUCAGAGCGAGCACACCAGAUGGCAAGAUCCCCAGCUGGACCAUUAAACAUGAAGCAAACCGCUGUCUGACAUUAGACCAGGUGUACAAGCAACAGAAGCGAGUUGUGGAUGAUCCUAAGAAAGCUACAGUCUGCACUACAGGUAUCCAGUCUGCUAUGAACAGGACGAUGACGAGUCCCAGGAGGCCGACAAUCCUCACGAGGAGGAAACGGCCGUUUGAAAGAAAUGAAGCCGACGAGACACAGAACAAAUCUUUGUAAACUACCAGUUCAUUCAGUCCAUAAUAUUCUGCAAUGAAAGAGUUUUGGUGAUAAAACUGAAGAAAUGUUUAUUGUUCACUCUUAAAUGUACAUUGAAAAUUGACAGCUGAUAAAACCUGUGCUCCAGGUCCCAUAUUCAUAUAACAUUUAAGGCUAAAUGUAGCUCUUAAAGAUAUAGUUCACCCAAAAAUGAAAAUUGUGUCAUUUUUCAAAAUAUCAUCUUUUGUGUUAAACAGAAGAAAGAAACUCGUACAGUUUUGAAACAAAUUGAGGGUGAUGAAAUAACACAAUUCUCAUUUUUGGGUAAACUUUACCUUUAAGAGCUACAUUUAGCCUUAAAUGUUAUAUGAAUAUGGGACCUGGAGCACAGGUUUUAUCAGCUGAUUGUCUUUGGUUGCUUAUAAUAAAUUGGAAUGUUGAUAACACAUAA